AUGUCAUAAAUCACUACUAUUUACAAAUUCGGUUCCAACAGCCUAGAUAUUUACCUUUUAGUAAUUGGCUUGAACUGAGAUUGCAGAUUACUUAAAAUGUCUGCAUCAGAUUUAAAACAUACUUUGAGGAAAUUUGAAUUUCCAGCAUGUGCUAAAGAAGCGCUUAUUAAGAUUGAGCAAUUAUUAGUAGGCCGGGCGGCACCGACUAGUAAACAACUCGACAUAGCAAUGGACAUAAUAUCAGAGUUCGUAUUUUGUGAAACCGAUCGUAGAAGUAACCCACGUCGAGGUCUCAAUCCUCUUCAGGAAUUACAACUUAUUGAUAUUAUAUGCGAUUAUUUAUGCGCUUGUACAAAUGAUACAACUAAAAAUACAAUAUUCCUAUCUUUAUUCGGGGGCAAAGAGAGUCAGCGAAAAUUAAAAAUUCUUAGUAUUCUAGCAAGUAUGGCAGUAUCGGCAUCUAGUACACCAGUUCUACUGGCUGUAGGUGUCUGGCUCCAACAAAUGGGUUGUUCAUCUUCCCAAUCCCUACAACUGGCAGAGAAUAUUGUUAGGGAUCACUUCUACCUGAACACAUCCAAUCAGAAUGUUUUAAAGACACUAGCAACAGAUGCUCCUCAGUUUGUAUCCAAUUUUAUAACUGCUGUUACCGAGUUAUAUCUACAUGACAUACAGAAACCCAAAAAAAUGCCUCCAAAGAAUCUCUUGGAAGUAAUUACUUCUUGGGUUUAUACAAAUCCCUCUCUCUGUAUGUCGGCACAACUCAAUCCGGCUGCCCUGCCUAUCGGCUCCAUUCCAAUGGCUGCCGUUACUCCUCUGGCUGGAUUAAUACACUGGUGUGCACUUGCACCACUUUAUGUGGAUGAAGAUUUCAUUCCAGAUAUUGACACCGAUCCUAUUCCUAUCAAGAAAAUCAAACUUGAAGAAGAAAAACAUACAAUUGUAAAGUCAGUUACUAGUAAAUCUCUCUCCGAGACAGAGUUGUAUAUAAAAUUGCACCUCGGAGUCUUACAUAGCUUGCGUGCUGGCAAGAGAACGCACGGUCCACCUACAGCAGUAAAUGCACAGCAUCUUGUGGCUCUGACUCCAAUAGUGCAGGCCUAUGCACAUAAUUUAAUAAAAUGUGGAGUUAAAUUUCAGUCCGACAAUAGGUUACAGGACUGUUUAGAUCGAAUUGGCCAGGCCGUUCAAGUAGCACUUGCAAAUGGAUGUGUGUAUGGAAACAUAAACAAUCUCCUUGCCGCCCUGAAUUCUUUACCAGAGAACAGAUUGCUCUGCAUCAUCAUAAAGAGCCAUCACCAAUCUAUUUGACAGGUGCUCUGACAUUAGAGAAAACAUAGAUCAAAUUGAGAAUUACGGUAACCGCUGAAGGUUUGGUUGACACAUGUGGAGGAACUUUGGUGAUGUUAAUUCAUCAUAUUGUUAUUUUUUCGCCUUGUCAUUAGCCAGAAUCGUGUUAAAUUUUUAGUUUAUGUGUGAUUACUGCCCUAUUAUAACCUUGUUGUAAGUAUUAAUCUGCUUUGGUUUGUGUAUUAUUUUGUAAUUUUUUAUAUCUACGGUAGCAAAAAAUGGGUGGAGAUCCUCUUCCAUUACCACCAGAUCUUAUGAAUAUCAAUUUACUGCUAUCCUCUCCAAUCAUUCUUGAAACGCUAAAGUUAUCACCUAAGCGUCAUGGUGAUGAGGAUUCUUCAACCCUCAGCCAGCCUCUAAUAAACAAUUAUUAAUCAAUUAUAUAGGAUUCGUUUCCCAGCCGCCAGAGGUGCAAGGGAAACUAAGAAACUUACUUAUAUGUAUAUUAUAUAUGUUACAUAAUUAAAACUUAAAUCCUAUACCUAAGACUUCAUGAUUGCCCCGAAGUUGGGAUUGCAAUGCAAUUACAUUGCUUGUGCUGUAUCGUCAAUAUUCUGGUUAAGGAGGCCAGGUGGUCGUUUCGGGAAGUCAGCAUCGUCGCUCGUAAUGUGAUAUUUUGUCUAUACAACGAUGUUGUCAAGGCGACACCCGUCUAAUUUUAAAUAUGUUCGUGUACGUAACAAAUCCCUCCUCUCCUUCCAUUCAAUCGUUGUAUACCCAUCCAUACCUUCAAAAUGGUUCCUUAUUUGACUCCGAUAUUGAUAAAGGCGCCUACAUUGUACAUGUCUCACAGGAAAUCCAAGACCCUGCAUCUCCCAUUUCCAUUAGACCCAUAACCAUCGGUAAAUUUUUAUAUACUCAUAAAAUCAAUAAUAUCGUAAAAGAUGGUAUAAUCAGUGUAGGUCGGAACAGAAUCUCUGUACAAUUUACAUCGGCCCAAGCAUCUAACAGUUUCCUGAGUAAUAAAAUAAAGAAUUGUGUAAAUAAAUGAUUUUUAUCCCCAGUAUGAUGAUGUAAAUGUCUCAGCUCUCUAACCAUAGCCUAUCUUUGGCAGUUUACAAUUGCCAAGCAGUUACUCUCUAUAAAGCUGCUUCAAAACAUUCAGAGAAAACUGAUGGAAGCUUUAAGCAUUAUCUAGGGUGCAAUGACAUGAACUUUUCCUCUUAAUAUCCAUCAUCAGCUGCAUUGUGACAGAUUUAUUGGUAGAAUGCUUCAGUUGUCUUCUCAUCUGUUCUUAACCAUCUAUACCUUCUUUCCCAACUGCACAACUUCCAUCAAUUAAACCCCUUGUAUCAAAUAGCUAUCUAAAAUUUGUAUCACUAUCUCGCCCUCCUGUAACUCUCUCUUAUUUGAUCACUGCCUUAUCACAGGUCAUCAUCAUUUAAUAAAAGGCUCCUUUGAUACUGACAAAAAAAAAUCCUCCAUAUUUUCUCAAAAGUGAUCAAACCACAUUUUAAUCCUCACAGAUGCAUCUAAGACAUACCCUUAGGAUGUGUAGGGGUGGAUGCUGGUUUGCUAAAUUUAAGGUAGUGUUACAAUUUAAAUGUUUUCCUCAAUUUUCAGUAUUUUCUGGAGAGGCCAUCACCAUCUUUAAGGCUAUUCUCUACAUGAAGUCCUGGACAGACCCAAGUCUUUUAGAAGCAGUAGUAUAGUAUACUUAACAUAACAUAGUGUUCAAUUUUUAUUAGUUAUUUUGUACAUGCUGUAUAAAGAUCAGAGAUUUAUCAAUUAGUUCUUAUAUUAAAUAAUGUUAUGGUUAAAAGACAGUGUAAUUUGUAAAAAGUAUAUUAAAAUGGUUUAAAUCUU